GAUUGUGACUACAUCAACAUACCUUCCUCUCACCUUCUAUGUUCUCUAUUUAGUAUUUACACCCUUAAAAAAGAGGGAAUAUUUUGAGCAAAGAAGGUGCAUGUUACUACAUCUCAAGAUGGUAAGCAUGUCACCAAGCAUGAGGCACAGCUCAUGGGAGUAUUAUCAGAAUUAGUUUUUGUAACUUUUAUUAACCUGCAAUUAUAUCUUGGCUUGCAUCAUCCUAAAUUUUUAUUGACUGAUAACCUUUGUUUUUCAUACAAUCUCAUCUUUUUCAAUUCUUGUUGAAAAUUUUCUGUGGUUUGAUUUUAUUUCAUUCACCUGAUGUUCAUGGAAUGUCUAAGUUUCUAUCAUUAACUUUGAUGUAAAAUUGCCAAUGCAGAGCGCUUGGCCCUGAUACGUCAACAAAGAGCUGAGGCUGCUAAGAAGCGAGAACAGGAGAAGGCUGCCAAGGAACUGAAGAAAGCCGAAACUCACAAAUAAUAAUCAGGGAGGAUGUUUCCGAGGACGGAAAGGAAUCCGUGCAGAAAACCAGGUAACGGCUCUGUUCCUUGAUCCUUCCUUAAAAUGAAUAUUAUAUAAGGAGAAGUCUAUAGGAAAUUGGGGGAUGGUGGUGCAGGUAGCCUUCAGAAUUUGACAAAAGCCAGCACAUUUGUUCAUUCUUUUUUAAGGGCAUUAAGAUAAGGGAAAGAAUCUGGUCUGUGUCUAGGUUAGGCUAACCAAUUAAAGCAAACUACAAGCUGGAGAAGGAAGAUACCUUGUUGACUAUUGGACCAAUACCAUUUCCUUGGGAUUGGAAUAUUUUACUAAAAAGCAACGAUGAUUGCUUCUUGUGGGUAUUAUAAAAUAAAGAAGGAAUAAUAUCACAUCUUACAAAAGUAAGCUAAAGGUGGAAUAUAAUGGGAUAAGUUGAAGGACAGACUUUUAAAUUUGUUUGUAGCUUGUAAGACAGAAAUGAAUGGUAUUGGUACCCAACUUUGGGACACCAUGCCCUUAUUGAACACAAGUCACUCCUGCACGCAAUUGAUGUUUUGAUUUAAAAUGAUUCAAGAACUACCGUAUAAGAAAUUCUUCCCCCUCUAUUUUCUCAUACCGAUUUUCUCUUUCUCUCCUGCCCUCUCCUUCGCCCAAUUUUCAACCCUGAAUCCGUCUCUCAGAAUCUUCGAUCUCUGUUUCUUCCUCAAAGUAUACCUUAAUCGGGAUUUUUUUUCCCCACAGGCUCGUGUUGCUGCAGUGAAAUUGUUCGUCAUAAUCGGUACGGUGACUAGAUUACUCUUUUUUUUCUUUCUUUCUUAUAUCUUGCAUGGCUUUUCUGCUGAUUCUUGGUUCAGGAAUUAAUGGGUUUUCUUACCCCUUUUUCCCAAAUUCUGUUGUUUUAAUAGUGUAUAGGAAUUUGAGAUUUUUACAUGAAAUAAGAUAAAGGGGCAAAUAAUAAUUUUUUUCUAUGUAAAUUUUGUCUGAGAUAAUGAACUUUUAGAAAUUUUAAGAUAAACAAGAAUAUGAGUAUGUUGGUUUUCUAUGGCAGGGAUUGCAAUUGUAAGUCAGAAAGAAGUUCUAUGGGAAUUAUUUUUUAUUAUAUUUAUAUUAUUACUACUACUAUUGUUGUUGUUGUUGUUAAUUUUUUUUUUCCCCAUAAAUUUGAAUCCUUUAUGUCCAUGUCUCUUGAGGUGAGUUUUAAAGUUGCAAAAACUUUUGGGAUAAAUGCAUUUCCUAAAACUUAAUCAUGUUUUGGUUGUAAUCUCAAGUUUUAUUUGGUGCAGUCAAAUUUUUUUGUAUGGGCUAUUAGUGAGUACUUGAUUCAAAGAUUAUGCCCUAUUAACACCAUCCAAUGCUGCUACUUUGGGGCCUUAAGCAAUUUAAACAUCAAUUGUGAUAUGUUAUCGUCUUAUUGAUGCUUAAACAUAAAUUUUCUGCCAGUCAAUAACUUGUUAUCACAAAU